UCUUAACCCAGCUCCGGACCCUUUGGCGGCAGAAUUUCCUUAGCUCAGAUUUUCUUCCCACUGCUCAUGAUCGCACGACCCGGGUGCACAGUUUCCGACCGACGCCAAGGUUCAGCAUCUCCGAGCAUCUCGCGUCGUCCAUUCCGCAAUUCCAGAACGAGAUUCCGCACCAUUUAUUCUCUCCCACUGCGGGGCAUUAACAACGUCCAGCCCAGCAGCUACCGUACUGUGGUAUAGUCGCAUCGAAUCUCCCCAAUGACGACAAGCGCCCCCACCCUGGCCAUCCCCGGCCAGCUGCUAGGCCCCGCAUCUAAGUACCAGCCGGGCCCGGGCACGCACCUGCACGAGUCCAAUCUCUACUCCUCCCUGCUGGGCCAAGUACACAUCACGCAGCCCGCGCGUGCGCCCGGCCCCGCCAAGCGGCUGACCAAGAUUACGCCCGCACCCGCGCCGGCUGAACUGCCUACGAUUUCAGUCGCACCGGUACGAGCCCCUUCUUCCGGGUCGGCGGCGACGUCUGGUGGCAGCACAAAGAAGAGGGAAGUUCUGCCGGAGGUGGGAAAUGUGGUGCUGUGCAGGGUAAUCCGGAUCACGCCGCGGCAGGCGGUGGUCGCGAUCCUGGUGUGCGGGGACACGGUGCUCGAUGCGGAGUGGCAGGGUUUGAUUCGCGUGCAGGACGUCCGGGCGACGGAGAAGGACCGGGUGAAGAUCUACGAGAGCUUCCGGCCGGGGGAUAUCGUUCGGGCCGAGGUGAUUUCACUCGGCGACCAGGCGAAUUACUAUCUUUCGACCGCAAGGAAUGAGCUGGGUGUUAUACUGGCCACGAGUGAGGCGGGGAAUACCAUGUACCCCGUCAAUUGGAAAGAGUACCGGGAUCCGGAAACCGGGCUAACGGAGCUACGGAAGGUUGCGAAGCCGUACUGAGGGGUGCCAGCGGCCUACUAGCUUUGGCUUUCAAAGUGUGAUCACAUCGCAGGCGCAAGUGCAGGGCGCUGCAUCCGGCCGUUGGAGCCAGGUUG